AAUGACAGCAGCAGCAACAUUAGCGAAGACACCUCCCUCUCUUGUACACAAACCUUUCCAUUGAACGCUCGCGGCAUGACGAUCCUCGAUAGUGCUACUCUCCAGUCGUUUCUGGCUCUCUUCGUAGCCGUCGCGCUCAUCCCACCGGCCAUCUACCUCAUCCAUCGCGACUACUGCGACUUUCUGUCCCUUGGUGCAGGUGGUACUCCUCAGACACCGGUCGGCUACCUGAAGGUCAAAUUUCUCGGACUGUUCGCUCUCCCAGACCCCUGCGUCCCUCAUUUCCUCCCACAUGAGCACUGCGGAAAUGGCUACCUCACCUCUCUCCCGCAACGGACUGGCCGGCGCCCUCAAGCGAAGGGCAUCGCUCCGCAUCGACAGAUGACACAACGCAGCCCCAAACACGUCCAUGAGGUGUUUGCCGAAGCUUUACGCGAUUUAGCUCGAGAUCCAAGAAACCUGCUUGUUGAAGGAACUUCCUGCUUCGAAAAGCAUGGCACUGGCCUGUUCAGCUUGCGGCCACGGACGCGCACCUGUCGAGGUGAAGUCUGCCACGUACAUGGCAGCGACGGCAGUCUGCACAUGACUUUAUACCCGGCGGAUGCGAAACUUGUAAUCGAACGGGGAUGGGGAGAGCGGCACCCUUUGGCACGCGGUGGCUGGUUAGCAAGGUUCGUGCCAAAACAUUUUGUUAUGGUUUACGCUCCGAGGAAUGAGGAAGAGGUUGGAGUGGUGACGAGGAUAGCUAGCGCGGCGGUGUGGUGGGUUUCCGGUAUCACCGUACAUAAAAACGGAACCAGGGAUGACAGGUCGAGGUCGGAUAUUGAUAACAAGGCGAUCGAUGUUGCUAGAGAGACGAGCGGGGAGGGGCAUGGUUCGGCGGAGUUGGUCCACGACGGGCUUGAGAAAAAGGCCAUGGUUGGCGACGGUGGGUGA